ACGGCCGCCUGCUGCCGCAGCCGCGCCGCGUGCUGCGCCUACCCCUUCGCCGUGCGCACCUUCGUGUUCGCCAUGCCGCUCAGCAUGGCCUGCCCCAUCAUGCUGGAGAGCCUCCUCUUCGACCUCCGCGCACGCAACCCCACGCUCUUCGUCUACUUCUACCGCCGCUACUUCUGGCUGCUGGUGGCCGCCUUCUUCAACGUCAGCAAAAUCCCCGAGCGGAUCCAGCCGGGGCUCUUCGACAUCGUGGGGCAUAGCCAUCAGCUUUUCCACAUCUUCACCUUCCUCAGCAUCUACGACCAGGUGCACUACGUGGAGGACGGGCUGGCUGAGUUUCUCAAGGCACCCCUGGCUGCCCCCACCUACCUGGGCACCGUGGGGUAUAUGCUGCUCCUGACCGUCUGCCUUGCCGUGGUCGUCAGGAGGUUCCUCAACGUUGCAGAUCUCUGCAAGCAGGACUGACCAGGCUGGCGACUGUCGAGACAGCGACCACCAUGCCAGUGACCCUUGGGCUGGAGACCCUUGGGCCGAUGACCUUCAGACUGGUGACCCUCAGACCAGACCCACCAUGUCCUGAAGAAGCUGUGAAACCUGGGGAAAACACACCUGUGGAAGAGCCAGGUCCCUUUCAUGGAGGUUUGCUGGAGAAAAUGACCAUGGCAGAACUGCUCGUGCUCUUUAAACUACUAGGUUACCAGGGGAAGCAAGCAAAUGCUUACUGGUAUGUUGCUGCUUAGAGUAUAAGCUGAAAUAAUUUAGCUCUGCUACUAGGAAGAAUGCAUGAAUGGUGAAUGCCACUUAAUAAUUUCAUAAUAAUUAGGUCUAAACUAGUUCUGUAUAUACAUAUAUAUUUAUAUAUCUAGCUAUAUAUUUAUUAGCUAUAUAUAUGUGUAUAUAUAUGUAUACACCUGAAGACAUUUGUGCAAUGAUUUCUCAUAGACUUUUAACCAACUCCUAUGUGAAAUUUCCUAGCAGAUUAUGCACUGACAUAUAUCUUCCUCUCUGAUAUUGUAACAGGCCUUUGCGGCCACAUACUGGAUUUUAAAUGCAAACAAAUCAAUAGCUAUAGUUUCUAAGGUCUUGCAGCCUUUUCAGCCAGGGAACAAUAGAUUUAAGAGAGAGAGGAAAAACAGCUGUGAAUUUUUACAGAAUUACCAGUUGAUGGAGAGACUUUAAUUAGACAGACAGUGAGUGGUUGGUGUAGCCACUCGGAUACUAAAAUAAUAUAGAAGGCUAUGUAAAAUAACCAAACCAGAAAGGGGUCAAAUUGGUUUGGAAAGGGGGCAGAGGAAGAAGAAGGACACUGCAUAAUGGAAUGGCUCUUCCCUCAGUAUGUCAGGAACAUCUGUUGUGCUAAGGGAGUUGCUAAGGGGCCCCUUUGUCUAUCUGGGUAAAUCACCCCCAAAUCAGUCCUCUGGAGUCAAAGUCAGAUGCCAGACUUUCUAUAAACCCCUGCCAAGCUUGGUGGGAGUUCUGUGGAUGUAAAGAGAGUAACUGAUGCAUGAGAUCUCAUUCUGGAUCUUUAAAAAAACGACAUGGAACUAGUUUCUACUGCUCUUUAAUUAGAGCACUGCCAGAUUUACCAUCCUCAUAUUAGUUGCAGAAUAAGAUACUUCUGAAUCUGAGUUCAGCACCUGAAAUCUGGCUCUACAAGUACUGGAUAAUGGCACUUUUUCAUCAUUCCCCACUUUUUCCUGUUCUGAUUAGUUGUAGCUACAGCUGGAUGUGUUGAAGUCCUCUUUCAAAAGCUUUGGGGGAGUUCAAAGACAAGAAUUAGGAGGUAUUUUCCAAAGCAGUAUCUUUUCAGAGCAACCCAGGUAUUAUCCUUGUCACACAGUGAAGAGCUAAGUAUAGAUUGAAUUUACUCUCUAGAUACAUGUUUGUGAACCAUAUGCAGAUUUUAAGCAGAUGCAUUUUGCUUUAGUCUGACAGAACAAGUGCAAUAAUAUUACACAAGGGGUUUACAAAUUGAGGUUCAGGUGAGAAACAACUUGUGUAACCCAUUGUCAAAAGCAGGGUGGUACUUCCUUAGGAAACCCUUGUGUCAAACUGCAUUAAUAGUGUAGUAGCUGUUUUACUCAGCUCCUAUUGGAGAAGUUUAUUUCUGAUUGGGUCUUUGCCAUUUUCACGGAUGUGGUAUAUGAAUCCCAAGACAAUGUUUUGAGUCCAGUCCUAAUCUUCUGUGAGACAAAGUCCCCUUUGUUUAAAAUGGGAAUAUAGGAAGUACUGUAGCCAGGGUUUAUGAAGUCAAAUCCUUAACAUGGGUCAGAGUCAUCACAGACCCAAUAACUGAUAUGCCCUCUACCAAUGUAACAGCUUUAUGUACAUUUCUUAGUGGAAGUGCAUAAGCUAAAAGAAAAUUACACUUAGUAGCAUGUCCAAAUUGUGGCCUCUUUAGUUGUUGUUGGGCCAUAAAAAACUGCAUAACCCUGUGUGAGUGGCUGUGUUCAGUUUUCAUUUGCCAACCUGCAUUAAAAGAAAAUAGAAACUAUAUGAAAUAUUUAAAAUUUUACCUAUUUUCACUAAUUUUUGUCAUAAAAGUAGCAUUGCUUUCUUCAGCUGCCAACAAAGCAGAAAAUGAUCUGCACCAGUGGGAGAGGAGGCUGGUUCACAACAUUAUUUUUCCUUGAAACGUGCUUUAAUAUUGUGAAAACUCACAACAGAAAGCCAGUGGAUCAAGACCUGUAACGAUGUCAUGCUAUGAAUUUCCACAACUGUAAAAAGAGGCUAAAAAUCUUUGAGAUAGACUGUAUUCAAGUUAAAAUAAUUGAGGCAUAGUAGUUAGAGCCCAAUGACUCAUCCAAACUAAUUAUGUAGGAAGAGUUUGCCUGGGAGAUGGCACUAGCACAUGCAACCUGCAAUUAAAAACUAAGAAAUAAAUCAGAAAGGCCAGGCACAGCAAACAUCAGGAGUAGAAGGCAGCUCAGAAACAAACAGUAAAAGCCAAAUGUAAAAGACCAGGCUUUUAAAGCAUACAGUAUAAUGGAUUAUAUUUGUGCUUGUCAGUCACAAUGUAGAGGACAUCUCAAGAGGCAAUGUCAGAAAUGGCUGUUGCUAACUUGUAAAAAUACAUUUGAUAUUUGGAGUUAGGCCACACAGGGUCAUCUAUAUAUAUCUCAACGACAGAUAACAGUGUAAAGUCUGGAUUGCGACCAACUGCAAUUUUACUGGAAUCUUACUGCUGUUCAAGAGUUGUCUGUGAGCCCCAGUCCCACUGGCUCUGAUAUUAAGAAUAUUGAUUCAUUCAGAAGUUUCUGUUGGCAAAUUGUUCGGGCACGUGUAUGGGCUUGAGCACCUCAUGGAAUUAUUUGUAAAAGCUGGUUGCAAGCACUGCUGUCUGAGCCACUGUAAGCAGACUGCUGAAUCCAGAGUGAAUGGCUACAGAGAGAUGUGAUUAGAGUUUGAGAGUUCUAAUUAGUGGAUUUUUGUUUGUCUGGUUUUUGUUUAAAAAAAUGUGAUUACAAAUUAAAAAGGUACAGUAAUUGUGGAGACUAUCUAG